CUCCCUCGCUCCCUCUGCCCGCCCGCUCUCGUCGUCGCCGGCACUCGCGGAGCUGACGCCAGGGGGGCUCUGAUGUGACACCAUGACCGGCAUCGCCGCCGCCUCCUUCUUCUCCAAUACCUGCCGCUUCGGGGGCUGCGGGCUGCACUUCCCGAGCCUGGCCGACCUCAUCGAGCACAUCGAGGACAACCACAUCGACACAGAUCCUCGUGUUUUGGAAAAGCAAGAGUUACAGCAGCCGACCUACGUGGCCCUCAGUUACAUUAACAGAUUUAUGACUGAUGCAGCUCGCCGUGAGCAAGAGUCUUUGAAGAAGAAAAUUCAGCCCAAACUUUCAUUGACCUUGUCCAGCUCAGUGUCUCGAGGGAAUGUGUCCACUCCACCUCGCCACAGCAGUGGAAGCCUUACUCCACCCGUUACCCCUCCCAUCACCCCCUCCUCCUCCUUUCGCAGUAGCACACCAACAGGCAGUGAAUAUGACGAGGAGGAGGCGGAUUACGAGGAGUCGGACAGCGACGAGUCGUGGACCACGGAGAGCGCCAUCAGCUCCGAAGCCAUCCUCAGCUCCAUGUGCAUGAACGGAGGGGACGAGAAGCCUUUCGCCUGCCCCGUACCUGGAUGCAAGAAACGAUAUAAGAAUGUCAACGGCAUCAAGUACCAUGCCAAGAACGGCCACAGAACACAGAUCCGUGUCCGUAAACCAUUUCAAAAUGCCGUUGGCGGGAAGAGUUACAAGACCGCAGGCCUGCGGCACCACACAAUCAAUUUCCAUCCCCCAGUGUCUGCGAGAUUAUCAGGAAGAUGCAGGCAAUAAUCCGCUGGGCCUAACUGUGCCAAGAAGAUCCUCACCAGCAGUUGCUGAUUUUUGAAAACAGCCACCUUUUGUCAAGGGAAGCAUUUAAGCAACCCUUUAAAAGAAGAUUAAAUGCAUGCUUUUAAAUUUUUUUCUGUAAUUUUGGAAUGUUAUCUUUGUAGAGUUAAUGAUUUUGUACAUUUGGGCACAUGUAGAUCGACCAUACCCACCAUUUUCAUUACUUUGAUAUAAGGUGCUAAAAACAGAAAAAAAGCUCUAGGCUCUUCAGAAUAUUUUCCCCGAAACAAAAUAAAAAUGAGGGCAUGUGGGCAAAUAGGGUUUAAUCGUACUGGGCAGUGUUACCAACUUGGGGGGAAGGAAGCCUGGGCUGAGAUCAUUCAAGAUUGUAAUGUGAUUGAAGUUUCUCUACACAUCAACUCACAUGUGUCAAAACCAAACGCACCACCACUGUUGUCGAGGCUGGUUAACAUGCCUUACCAGGGGAGCUCGGACCCGGGAGAAAGAAUGUUUAACAGAAUAUGCUAAAAAUAUUUUCAUACUUAAAUAACUUCAUAAAGAGGUGUGCUUUCUGUUUUAUAUUUUCUUGCAAAUUUUUCCCCCUUUGAAAUGCUGAAGAUCUUGCCAUGUGACUGAGCAAACAAUCAUUUUAAUGUUAGAAAUGACUUUUUAUGAGGUGUAUUCCAUUCAUCCAUCCAUCCAUCCAUCCAUCCAUCCAUCCAUCCAUCCAUCCAUCCAUCCAUCCAUCCAUCCAUCCAUCGAGUGCCUACCAAGUGCAAGGCAUGGUGCUGGAUGCUUGAUUCAUGCCCAUCAGAUAUUUGAGGACCAAGAUUCAAUGAAAUAUUUCCCCUAAAAUCUUUUGGAAACACUUUGAAAUACUUAAAGAGGUGCAAAUUGUGGUGUGUGAAACUUAGCUCUCUCUUCAUCCUCAGAUGAGGUCUUAAAGGCACUUUGCAGUUCUCAAUUGCCAACAGAUUUGACGUUUUUAUGUGUUUGCCAGUUCUUGCAACUCCUGCACUAUCGUGCCUGUGGCAGCAAAUCAAGAUGAAAGCUCUAAGCAUGUUUCAAGGGGAGACCCUCCAGGCUGGUAUUGUGAGACUUUGGGGAGGGAACGUUUUGGCUCACACUCUAGGUGUCUGCAUGUCCUAUUGAAACUCUGUUUAGCUUUAGAAAUCACUUUGGGCCGAAAUAAGACAUUGAGCCUUACUGACAAUCGAAGUGCUUCUAGGCAGCAGGUGUCAGAGAAGGGGUGACCAAGAUGGGCCCACUGUAGCAUUCACUUCUAUCGGGAACCAUUCCUGAACUUUUCCUCGGUAACAGGACCAUCAUGCCUUGAGGGUUCUUUUCUCCCAAGUGCUAUUCUUGAAACAUGAGUUUACCAGUUGCCUAAUUAUGCAAUAAAAAUUGCUCUGAGACGGCCAACUUCCACAAAACAAAGUGGUAAAGAGCGAGCUUGGGGCUGCUUGUGACAACGCUCUCCCCCCGUGCCUGUGCACAUGUGAGUGAAAGGUCUUUCGACACAGCUGGGAAGGCAGGUGGCCCUUCUUUUUUUCAGGGACACUUACUAAAGCUUGAAAGGAUGACAAUUAUCUGUUAGCCAGAUGUAUAAACAUCUCCUUUGCAUCAGCCCUGAUCCUUCCUAAUGAGGGGUUUUUAAGUGUUUUAUAAAAAGAAUGCCCUCCAAAGCUUGCUUCAGAUCUCUGAAGGCACGACCGUGGUUCUGAACACAGUGCUACCAUUUAGGUUCAAAGACGAUCCAGACUCAAGAAGGCUGAGUCGGUUCCCGGCAGGGCCCCCUUUGCUCUGGGCAGGGCUAACCAGGCCACACUCCUCCUAGGGCCAGAGUCUGCAGGCUGGGAUCAGGUGUGCUCAGGCAGCUAAACAGUCAUAAAAUAGAUCAUCAUGCAUGGGACCCUUCCUUUCAGCUAAGAAAUCAAUUCCAGCUUCUAAUCACCUAUUCAGUGUGACAGUAUUACUAACAGGUAAGGACGGGACUAUUUGUUAGUACCGUGUAUAGUGAAUGUAUGUACUGUGUCUGUGAAAACUGUGCUUUAAAUUAUAUUUUCAUAUGUUUGUUGGGGGGGAAAGAACAUUAAGUUGUGCAAGUGACAGAGUUUUGUUUGGACUGAAGGUGAUGUAUUGAAUUCCUGUUGAGAAAGCUGCUUACAAAUGUUAAAUCAAAUCACAUUUAAAAUAAACUGCCUCUGACUCCAAAACAAGAAUGACCCUUCCUUUACUCUGUCUCACCCGGACUGAUGUUUGAUUGCCCAGCACUGCUUGACCACAUCCUAUCUAAUGGAUUCCUUUCAAUUAGGGCACAUUGGGGAUCUUUUUUACCUAAAAUAUCGUCACCAAACUCCCUCUGGACCAAAGUACAGUUAAAAAACUCAAGAGGGACAAGAUUGGAUGUCCCAGUUUGACACAGACUAUGUGUCGCAGUGAAAACUGUGUGACCCUUGAUCAGGGGCCCCAAUAAUCUGGGCAUACAUUAUACACAUGCAAUAACACCGGUGACAGGGGGAGGGACAUUUCUGCUCCUCCAGUCAGUAACCAAUGAGGCACCAAAGAGAAGGGCGC